UAUGGCCUCCAAAAAUGUAGUAAAAAAUAUAUAUUUACUUGAGAAUACUUUUACAGCUCUUUGAACUAUUUUAUUUAUCACACACGGUAUCUUUGAGCAAUGGACAGUAGUAUUAGGUCACUUUUAUACAAUUGUCGAGGCGAUGAUGAGCCUAAAAGUUUAAUUAAACCGUAUGAGAAGUUGAAACAGCUAUGCACUGGAGACGCAAAAGUAAACGUUGGGACUGAUUUAUUCGUUCUUUGUGCGGAGAUUGCUUGUCUGCACAAGAAAUUUGAGAUGGCAGAAGAUUGUAUCAAGAUGUAUUUUGCCAACUCUCCUCCAGGAAAUCAAUUUCUUUGUCGAGCGUACAUGUGCCAAGCCUUGAUCCAAGCUCCAUCUACAACAAUGAACCCAGAGCAGAUUGAUAAAGCAUUCCUUUACAUACUAAAAGCAAUCAAUUUUGCUAAACAAAAUUCAAGAUAUUAUUUUUUGAUAUACAAUGCUUCAGUUUUAUACUGGCAGUUUUGUCGUAUCUUCCUCAAACCAAACUAUAAACGUUUUGUGGCAAAGUCACUACAUCAAGUUGUUAAAGCUUUAGAUGACAUUGAUGAUGCAGAUUAUGAAUGGCGUGCUCAAUUAAUGAUAUCAUUAAUUGAAUGUCACAUUGAUGCUGGACGAAAAGAUGAUGCAAGCCAAGUGGCCUUCACUGCUGCACAAUUUACAAAAACGAAUGUCCCAAAUCUUUACAAAAAUGUUCUAGGACUUCAGAUCCAAUACAGACUUGCUGAAUAUGGAAAAUUGUCAAAAGAAACAAAAAGCUCACCAGAUGUACAUUUGUUUUUCAAAAUCCAUCGUUUGAAAGUUCAGCUUGCUGAGGAUGAUAAAGCAGAUGUUGCAAUUGAUUUCUCCAAGUUUUACAAACAACUCACAGGACAAUCUGGCAGUGAUGUUUCUAGAAAUAGCACAGAGUUUUCUGAGAAAUCCAGCCCAAGUGCAAGCAAGACUUCUACUCCAGUUGCAAUGGAAAGUAGUGACAGGCUUUCACUAAUUCUAGAACUGGCAAAACUCUGCAUGUCAUAUGGUGCAAGUCAUUUAGCAGCUGACUGUUUGGAUUAUCUUCAAAGAGAAUCAAAGGAGCCAUCAGUUAAACUUAUUGUUGAGUUUUUAAGAUGUGAAUUAAUGGUUAAGUCGUUAGGGGAUAAACAAGAAAAUUAUUCCCAAUCAAUUGUGCAGAUACGUUUGCAAGCGAUUGAAAAACUAGAACAGUAUUUAAUGACAGCGCUACGGCUUGGUGACCAGCAUGUUAUUGAGGUUGGUUGUACGACAAUGUGGAAUCUUUGUCUUCCUUUACUGCAGUUUAAUCUACGACAUCACGUGCGCAAGCCUUUGAAAAUAAUUGCGGAUACUUUGGAAAGUGUAGACAGUCUCAACUCGUUGCUUCGGUGUCAGAUUCACACAGAGUUGGCAAAAUGCGAGGAGGGUCAGGAACAGGUGGAACAAGCGAUGAUUCAUUUGAAGAAGGCAAUGAUGUUGGAUGAUAACGGAUUGUACACAGAAAGAUUAGGAACAUCGUUAACAAGACUUCAACUGCGUGCGUCGUUGUAUAAAACUCCUGAACGACCAGAAGAUGUCGCGGCUAUGAUUAUUGAGCAAGCACGAAGCAGCAGUGAUUCAGGGACGUCAAGGAUGAAGCGUGCAUCACUAGUGAAAGCUGGUGAUGCUCUAGCUCCAGAUGCCUUUAUAGUGGUGUUAGAAGGUGAAAGUAAAGAUCUAUCAUCACAUGGUAAACAACCACCCAGUCUUCUUUCAAAACUAGCUGCUAAAGCCGAGCGUUUUGAGGUGGCUGUCGGAAAAGCAGCAGGACAUCUGAAAAGACUAGGAACACACAACGACCAGGAGAGGGUGCGUAUUUGGGCUGAUCUUACAAAAACCGCGAGAAAACAACAAAUUUGGGAUGUAGCCCGUGUUGCUGCAAGGUUUUGUUUACUCUACGACGACGAGAGAUGGUCUUUGAAACGAGAGACUAAACAAACAGGAGAGGAUGAAGGUGGAUAUAUGGAGGAAGAUAGGGGCACAGAGAGACGUUCUUCAUCAGGUGGGGGAUCAUUAAAGAAAGGUGAGGGACAAUUGAAGAGAUCUUCGUACGUCAACGAUGAAGCGAAGUAUAAUGUGGAGAAAGAUUUGUUACGAAUUCUUGCUGAAGUUCAUUUUAUCAAUGCGGAGGCUCUUAUACAAUACCUCAAGAGUCAAAGCGUUGCGUUUUGUGACAAACCUACAUUCCCAACAUCUGAAGUUAUUUCACCUCAAGAGUCUGCCAUGGCGACUGAAGAUUCUCCUCAGUGGAUGAUAUAUUGUGACUGGAUUUCUUCUCUCUCUCAAACUGCCAUCUCUGAAUUCCAACGUGCAUCAGCAUUAGGCAGUGAUCUACAAGAGAAAUGGCUCGUGUGCAACUCCGCCGUUUAUCUUCUCAACUACACAACACACCUAGUGGCGCAAAAACGUCAUAGAGAACUGGUACCCAUCUUGACAUCUGUCUUCAAAAAUAUGAGAAAUGUUGGACAUGUGGGCGAAGGAAGUUUGAUGUGUCACAUCAGCAACAUCCUUGCAACAGGUUUGAUGCAACCAUGGUAUCCAGUCUCCGGCAGUAAAACAUCAAUCUCAGGAUCUCCCAGCAAGAAAGCGGAUGGAAAGAAGGACAAAGCUGCCGUAAAGGUCGCUCCAAAAGUCACCACAGGAGGCUUUGAUUCUGAUGCAAUUGCUGAGCUGAAACAAGCAUUAGAGUAUCUCGAUUACGCUCUGCAAGUCACAAAUGGAAAUGAUACAAGAAAUUUGGUUCCGAUAUCUGUUCGUCAUUCAGUAAUCAAGACCUGGGUUCAUUGUAAACAACUUCUUUCUCAACAAAUACCAAAGAACUAUGGAUUCGACUCAGAUGAUGUCAACAGUCAAGGCCCAAUGAGCCGUUGUCUUUGCGCUGUGGAGAUGUUAUCAGUGAAUCUUUAUGGACUGAGCGAUUUCUCAUCAUCGCCGACAAUACAAGAGGUUGUUAGAAUGGCUGGUAACUGUAUCUGGAGUGAUGAUGCAGUUGCGUUGGAAAUAUGGAGUCGUUUAGCUGUACUUUCGUUUAAUGCUGACAACCAUCAAUUGGUGAUGGAGUGCGGGCAAAAAGCUCUGGCUUUUGAACUUCAACACAACAAAAAAGAAAAAGGAAAAUUAAAAUUAAGUUCUGAAAAUAACGAGAAAAGCAAACAAUAUUUGCUGUAUUACUCUUGCGUCAUCAUGGGGCAAUCUAUCGUCAGGGUGAUGAAGGGACAAGUAAAGAUGAGACGGGAUGCCUUGGGAUAUUUUGUGAAGGCUUGCAGAUUCGGUGAGUUGGCCAAAAGUUAUGAGUUUGUAAUAACGGCUGCACGUCAUUAUUGGAACACUGUGAUGCCGUUGGUAAAUCAACCAUUGGAAAGGCAAUUGUUGAAAGAACCUCUUCAAAUUGUGUUGCGAUGUUUAGCUGCAGUGAGUGAGAAGAAUAUCGAGAAGGGCGAUGAAGAGGAUGACGAAGAUGAAGAAAGCGAGGAGAAAGCUGAAACUAGUGUGAAAGAAAAGAAGAAGAAAGACAAAAAGGAAACUGUAAAGAAAUCAGGAAUGAAAACUGAUCAGAAAACGAAGCCUGCAAAAAAGUCCAAAGCAAGUGAAGAGACAAUAAAGAAGAAAACAUCAAGUCUGGUGGCGGUAGUCGAGCCUGUCAAUGUGUAUGAAGAUGAUCUAAAAAUGCGAGCAGCGAUGUAUGGGGUGCUUUUUGAAGCUUUUGCUGACCAGAGUCAAUGGGAGGAAGGUUUACGAACAAUGGAUGAAGCUGUGCGAGAUAUGCCACGAACAUCUCAUAGAUUACUUAUCUUCAAACAUCGAGUGAUCACAAAAGCUAAACUUGGCAGAGAUGUUCAAUUUGACAUGGGCAAAUUUAAGAACGAAAGUGAGCUCGUGAUUUCUACAUUGUGGCAUCUUGUUGCAUUAAACUCUUGUGAUCCUCGAGAACAACUGAAAGCUUAUCAGAAAGCAAUUGACGCUUUGAAGGAGGAUAAAAGUGUUUGGCAAAAGGUUGAUUUUCUUCUUGAAUUUGGCGAAUGGUUGUUUGUGAACGAGUUUCCUGUUCAGGACGCUUUAGAUCAGUUUAUAGAAGCUGUUGAUAUUCUGCUGAACAGAUCAGACAAUACUGAACCCUCUGACCACGACGACGUGGAAAGUGAACAUCCGAGUCGGUCAUCGUCCGGACUUUCUUCAAAAAAUGGCACUCAUUUUUGUCAAAUCUCGGACGUGAAGACACUGGAAUAUUUGAUGCGAAUUUAUAUCAUGUUAUCUCAACUUGUUGGAAGAAAAUCUUCACAAUUUACUGACUACUCUUUGUGCGCUGUUGCUUGUGUUCAGCGCAUAUGGAAGUUAUCGCUGGAUUUCUCAGAAACAUCACGUGACGUAGCAAAGGCUGGAGACAGCACACCAACGAAGAAAGGAAAUAAAACGAAAGAACAGAAAGAAGUGAAGGGUGAGAAAUCAUCAGGCAAAACUUCUCUUCCAACAACUUUACACAACUGGGCGACAUUUGAACUUCCAGAAAAGUGCGUUGAAAUUUUCAAAAAUGACGAACAUGGAAACGUUAUAAGCAAUAUAUCUUUUGCUCGUCCAGCAAUAUCUGUGCAUUAUUUGAAUAUUUUGUUGGAUAAUCUUUCUUCUAUUGGCUAUCAUCAUACGUGUCUAUCAAUCACAAGCUUGUUACGAUGUCUGGCUAAACAUGUCAUUGAAAAUGAAUCGUUGCUGAAAUACAUUCAUUGGAGGACGAUGGAAGUCUGCCAGGAGUUACAUUUGAUGGAGAGUGCCAUGCACCAUGAAAGAAUUGCCAAAGAUUUUGAGAACCAGAAAGAUGAGAUUGCUAAAUCCAAAGAGGAAAUCGAACUAUGGAAAGAGAAACAACGUCAAGUUAAAACAGAAGAAAUGAAUUCUAAUUUGAAGACGUUGGGAUCAACUGACGAGAGACGGAAGAUAUCUGAACAACUGACCGCUCAAGAGAAUAACAACUGGAUGACUGGAAGACAGAAAUUACUUCGGAUUGAGCGAAGAGAAAUAUGGAUACAACAAGCGGCCAUUUUAAUUAGACAGGGUUAUUACCAAAGUGCGAGAGAACUACUGAACGAAGCGAAUAGUUCUGCUUUGGCAUUUAAUGAUAAUAAAAUCCGCGCUGAAGUGUUGUACCAUCUUGCUUUGCUUGCAUACCAAGAAUCUAACUGGGAACAGUCAAUCACUUUACUGCACGAACUACAGAAUUUCAGGGUGGAUCAAAAAUUUUGGCUCAAGUCAGUUCUCCUUUUGGCGGAUGCUAUAUGUGAGAAGAAGGAUAAACACGAUCCAUUGGGGAUUUGUGUGGAUAAACAAUCUAAAAAGAAGGCAAUGAGAGUUCUCAAGCAAGCCACAGCAACGUUCAAGUGUCUCUAUGAAGACAGUCCCAACAAAGCAUGUAUGGCUGAAUAUGUUCUGGCGAAACUACAGGCAAAGCUGGGCUCUGUUUGUGCCAAAAAAGUUGUGGAUGAAACGAAUGAGACGUCAUAUUUGGUCGAAGCUUGUGAGCAUCUCCGGAGCAGUGAGAAAUCUUUGCAAUCCUGUGGUUACAGACAAGAAGCGAUCGAUGUAAGAUGUGAAAGAGCAGCAAUGUUACGACAAAUGGCCGCAAACAGUAAAACAAAAGCUGAUAAAAGAAACCUUUACCUGGAAGCCUUAACACUUUUGAGAUCAACUAUACGUUCGUGUGAUGUUUUAUCCACUGAGGUUUCCUCUCAUUGCUCACCUGAAGAGCUUUCCAGUGUGAGCUUGGCAGUAGAAAGAACAAGUGUUGAAAGCAAGCUGUGUUUUGGUCAACUUGCGGUUGAAAUCAUGAACGAACAUGCUGUUGAUGAAAGAUCCAGACGAAAUAAAGACGCAAGAAAAAGCAGCGUUGAAAAGUUGAUCGACGCGUUCGUUCAAGACGAGCCAACGAUGACAGAACAAGAGAAACAAUGGAGUGCCGUGACGAAGACCAUCGUUGAUGAAACUUUAGUUCAUAUGACAACAGCCUUCCAUCAUUGUUCAUCUGUUCCUUAUCUCAAAGCAAAAUGUUAUCUUGUGCUUGGUCAAUGUUUGAGGAUCAUUUCAUGCCUUCUCAAUCCUGAUGAUGAGCCACAAUGGAAUAUUCACCAGAUUCCUCCAGUGCAGAUGACUGGGCAAACAGUACAUCCUACGUCAGUCGAUGACGAUGACGACGAGAAUGAUCCUGAUGACGAGUUAGAACAAAAUUCAAAUCACUUCAAGACUUCAUCGAAAAGAGCCAACGUCGCUGAUCUUUUGAAGCUCGAAUACAAAGAUUUUCAGCGAGCUACAACUCAAGCGGUCGAAUGUUUAACUCAUUGUGUUCAGCUGUCGUUGAAAUAUGGAUUUAAUGAAAUUGCGUCAGAAAGUAGUUAUUUACUGAUGGAUAUUAUUGGGCGACAUGAUUCAUCAACGUCCAGUUUGUAUCUAGCCUUAUACCAGAGUUGUUCGAUGGCGCAGACAUUACACUCGCUUGUGAAGAGAAUUCAAACGGACAGUUCUUUAUCUCGCCUCGCUGCUCUCAUGAAACAGAGAGAUAUUUUAGCAAGAAAAUUUCUUCAUCAAGAAGCGAUAUCGUCCGUUCUUGCUUCAACAGCUCAAACGUUGGGAGAAUUCGAGGCGUGGCGUCGUUUGAGCGUCUCAAAGAGUCAUCUUGAUUUUGUUAAAGAAUUAUCAAGUCCAAAUACAUUGUACCUAGUUCUCCAACAUUCGAAAGACAGAUCGUGUCUUUACGCAGCCACUCUUGAUAAACCACGCUCGGGUCUCCCGAGUGCUAAGCCAGGAAAACAAGCAGCUCUCAAUCCAGUUUCGGCUCCUAAACCGUUGAUAUGUCGGAGUAAAGUUGAUGCAGACGACUUGAAGCAACUUCUGAACAUGAUGGAGACAUUCCGAAGUGAUCAAGCAGCAGAAUUGAUACGACAAACUUAUUUACGACGUCAUGUUGUGGAGACGCAAAGCAUCCUGGACAAUGUUGAUGAGGGAAGUUUGAAUAAAAGCGAGGACGUCCUUCAGAACGAUUCAAGCGUGUUGAAUAAUGAAGAAAGACUCCAGAAACAAUAUUUAUCCCUUGUCAGCGCACUGGAGUCGUAUCUUUCUCCUGUAAUGGAGCAACUCUUGCCAGCUCUUGAUGAAAAACUCCUUCCAGAAACUGUGGUCAUUCUUGCUGACGAGAAUCUUCUUCGCCUUCCAUUGGAAUCUCUGUCAGUAUUCAAAAGUUCUCAAGUGCAAUGUCUGGCCAGAGAUCUUUCUCUUCAAAUGCAUUUUCAUCGCUUUCACAGCACUGAUAAUUCAGGUUCAGAGAGUAAAAAUGAAGUUAAGAAACCCGCAGGAGGCAAGAAGGCAGGUAAAGGAGAUGCUCCGACUACCGCGAAAUCUCAAGAUAAGAAAGGAGAGAAGAAGGCCUCUAAAGAGCAAGGCAUACCAAAAGAAGGAAUUGCUGUCGAUAUUUCUGCAUUAAGAUAUAUUGUUGAUCCAUACAACGAAUGUUCAAGUUACGGAAAUUACAAUCCAGAGAAAGUUAUAAAUGAUCUUAUUUCGAAAUACCGUACCUUGUCUUCAAAAUGGACUGGCGUCGCUGGAACAAGUCACAUCCCCAGUAUUGGAGAGUGGCAGAAAUUCCUGAAGGAGAGUUCCGUCUUCCUAUUUUAUGGCACUGAGAAAUGCCUUAACUAUCUUCCACCCAAGCUUCUCCUUGCUUCGUCAUUACAAGAAUGCAACAUCAUGUUACUUUUGGAUCACGUUGAAACCAACGAUAGUUUUCUACGACAGGCAUCUUUAGAUGCACAGAAAACUUGUAGUGAAAUAAACUUGGAGUUAUCGUUUGAGUCUGUUGCUAUCUUAUCGUUAACUGGAGUUAAUUCGGCCAUCGCCAACCAGUGGAGUUGUAAACUCAAAGAAAACAAGGAGAAAUUGGUUCAAAUCCUUGAAGUGUCAAUCGACGAAAACAAGAAUAUUGGAAAUGCUUUACGUAUGUUUGGUGAUGCUAAACCUGACAUAAGCGUUGAUCCAGAUACUUCGACUGCACCGCCCUCCACCGAACAACCAACUGUUAUUGUUGCAGAUAAUACAGUUUUGUAUGGUCUACCAUAUUUUAUGCUUAAUCCUUUAAAAUGAUACAGUAAGUGUUUAUCUUACUUUGGAACUUGUUAUUUAUUGAUAAAUUGUAAAAAUUUUUUUGUCUAAAAUUAUAUUCACUGUCCACCGGCAGUAAAAGCCAUUCUUCC